GUUAAUGCCUAUGUGGUCCAGUCUCCGCUAUUUUCGACAAACCCGCACAUUGGCAAGAAGCUCGGCUUGUUCGAUCUCUAUCACACGGCCAUGGUCUUCCGCCAGGAGAUCCCAGGUCAAGCGCCGCGGAACUGGACCGUGGAAUUCGACUCUGUCACCAAUGUCCUGGGCGCCGUCCUUCCGAAGAUUGACAACGGAACUCUGAGUUGGAACAACGACGCCCGAUACUGCGUCACUCCUGGGGUGCUCUGGGGCGAGGCACAUUGGAGCAAAAUGUUCGACUUGGCUCUGCAGCUCACCAGCACGCAGGCCACGAAGAUCUUCACUGACCUCAUCCCAUCUGUGAACCGCACCGCGCAUCAGAGUCGCCCUCUCUACCAACUCUGGAGGGUGACGCGUCGGGAGCCGGAGCAGACCCUGAUCAAGGACAUAACCUGUGGAGAUGGCAUCAAUUGGAUCCUCCACUUCGCAUCCACACGGCUGCAAGUACCAGUUGAAGCUGGCUUCGAGCUGAAGUUUACGUCCAUCCUCUUCCAUGCAGACAGGUUGAACCCCGUUGCCGUUGGCAGUGAGCAGUGGCCAGAUGUGGUGAAGUACUUUGAGGGAAUGAUUCAGGCCACAGCAUCCCACCAGACUCUCUUGGAGCGAUUGUUGGAAAUGCUGCACCUGAUGCCCGUGCAUUUUGUCUACGACUCAAACGCGAAGGCGAGCGGCAAGCGGCGGUGGACACACAACAGACAGGGCUCUGCAGUAGCAUGA